CGUUUUAAUGCGCAGGUCUCUAAACGAGUCAAAACUGAAUGCAGGUCUUUGGGUUUGCGUUUAUGGUGGCUUCCUUCUGUGAGGAUAACAUAACUGUUUGCAGUACCAAAUAACAGGCGAUGAUUACCGAGAUUGCGAUAGCGUGUCCAGGGGGAUUUAUCACAACCUGCCCCAGAGCAGACAGGCGCUUUAACUGGGACCAAUGGAGUGAGCAAGAACGGCGAGGGGGUGGACCCGGCGUGGGGAAUAGGCGAUUAAACAGAAGGAGCGCAAUUCAAAACGCACCUCGGAGCCUGAGAGAUCCUCCGGAGAGACUCCAUUCGGCAGCAAGAGAAGCGACAUCCGAGGCACCGAGACGGAAAGCGGCAGGGUUACGGAUCGUCCUUGCGGGAGAAUGACCAUGGUGAUACGGAGCGUUUGCAAGGCGCAUUUUGCAAAUCUGGAGCGCUAACAUACAAACAUAAAGGAUUUCUUUUUAUUUUGUCGGUGCGCGAAAGUCGGUAAUUCCUCUGCCCCGUUUGAUUUGCUUCUCUUCAACUCAUCGCUUGCAGAGUUGUAAGGACGUUUCAUCGUUUACUCAUAUCUAAUAACGAUGCAAUUUCAAUUGUUUCAGCUACACAGAAGCGGAGCCUUUAACCGGAGGAUUAGGCUUUCGCGUUUAUAGACCCUGUGGUGCAUUAAACGCCAUUUGAAGACUUGAGCAAAAAAAAAAAAAAAACUUUCCAGCGGACCUUACCGUGUUCUCCUGUCCCGUUUACUCAAUCGAAAUAAUUGACAGCGGUGCUUAUGAGCGCAGCUUUCAGCUCGUCGCUAAUGAUGAUGCAGCGGCCACUGGGAAGCACCACUGCCUUCAGCAUCGACUCACUAAUUGGGGGUCCGUCCCAGCCCAGCCCGGGCCACUUCGUGUACACCGGCUAUCCGAUGUUCAUGCCGUACAGGUCGGUCGUUCUACCUCCGCCCCCCCCGCCGCCCCCAGCCCUGCCACAGUCGGCGUUGCAAACGGGUCUCCCUCCAUCACACCCUCACCACCAGAUUCCCAGUUUACCUAGCAGUUUCUGCACCAGCUUGGCCCAGGGCAUGGCACUGACCUCCACCCUGAUGGCCACCCUGCCGGGCAGUUUCCCCGCCUCCCCGCAGCACCAGGAAGCGGCCAGAAAGUUUGGCUCUCAGUCGCUCCAGGCUGUGUUCGACAAAACGCAGGAUAUUCGGUUGGAUGGAGAGGACGGGAAAACUUUCCUAAGCAAAGAGUCGGCAGUGCAUCCCUCUUUCCAAGCGGUAGAUACGACGCAGGCUUCUGUAGUCAGGACUCAGGGUAAGGAUGAUGGCAAGGACGAUGAAUGCAUCAGGAAAGAGGAGAGUUUCUCCAUGGAUAGUGACUUAGACUACAGUUCUGACGAAAACGUGGCCGGUAACCUAUUGGGUCAAAAGGAGGACGGCGACGCCAGCGGCGGGGUAGACGAAGGGGGUCACGGGCCCGGCGGCACCGGCGGAAGCACCACAUCCACAGGAAAGAACCGGCGGCGAAGAACUGCGUUUACAAGCGAGCAGCUCCUGGAACUGGAGAAGGAGUUUCACUGCAAAAAGUACCUGUCUCUGACGGAGCGCUCCCAGAUCGCACACGCCUUAAAGUUAAGCGAAGUCCAAGUCAAGAUCUGGUUUCAGAACCGGAGGGCCAAGUGGAAACGUGUUAAGGCCGGCAACGUCAGCUCCAAAACCGGGGAGCCCUCGAGGAAUCCCAAGAUAGUGGUGCCAAUCCCUGUGCACGUCAGCCGAUUUGCAAUAAGAAGUCAGCACCAGCAGCUAGAGCAAGCGAGACCCUGAAUAGGUGUCUGUGAGACAUUCAAAGGACCAAAUGGAAUUGCAAAAAGAAUAAUAAUAACAAUUAAAAUUAAAAAAGAGCGAGGAAAAAUGAAUUAAUUUAGAAGACGAAACAUAUUGUAAAAAGUAUAAUCAUGGGUAAAGCUGCUAAUAUACGUAUCAAUUGGGAAAUAAGAAAAAAAAUAUAUGGGAAAAUCAAUUCGAAAGGGCCAAAAUACAAGCAGAUGUAUAAAAUAAGACUCAGCCUCGACUGUAUUUUACCUUAAAUAAUCGCGAGGACAAUAAGUCGACUAAUCCGCUGACACAUUUGCUACUGAUUAGAUGUAUAUAUAAAGCAGAAUAUCAGUUCACAGAACGUGGGACCAAGCAGCUUAAAAAAAAAGAACGAAAAUCAAUGUCUGUACCUCCCCAAAAGACAGGAUACCACGAUUAUUUGGUUUACAAUGAAUGUGUAAACUGCUAAGGAGUAGGUUAAAACUUGUCUGGAGCGUGUUAUUUCGCAGUUGCAAAGCAGAGUGAACAGCCUUACACAAACGGAGCACUUUCGGUUUCUCACAAGCAGCGGUAAGAAAAUUAAACAGGAAAACACGGAUCCGCUGCUUUAAAAGCAAAAGAAGAAAAAAACACUUUACUGCUGUAAAUUUCAUGAAACUACGUGUUUAACAUCGACGGGGUCAUUUACUAUCUUUUACUUCUAAUGAAAUAUACGUUUUAUUUGAUUUUUUUGUUUGCAUAUAUAUUGAUUUUGUACUUAUUUGCAUAAUGACAUUUUUAAAGUUCUGGAGCAAGCUUUUAAUUUAUUUCAUGUUGUGCAAAGUAGUUAAUAUG